AUGGUGUUGUAUAUUUUGUGCGUAUGUAUUGCAGGAUGCCACUGUGAGUGGUUUACGACGGAACAAGCUUUGCAACAAACAGAAUUUCAACCGGCUGCUGCUUCUGCCAAUCUUAUAGUUGGGGCCCAUGUUUGGUUGGAGGAUUCUGAUGUAGCUUGGAUAGAUGGUGAAGUCUUGGAGAUUAAUGGAGAACAAAUCAAAGUCCUUUGCACUUCUGGGAAGACGCUUCUCUCGGGUUUUCUUUUGGAAUCGCCCAAUCCUCAGAUAAUGAAGCGCUACAUCUUAGAAGUUCGCUAUUUGAAAGUCAUGAGGACAUUGUUGACGGAUUCAAGUAAAAACUUUCAGUUAUCGGCUUUUCACAUUUUCAAGAUUUUGGUCGCUAAUCCUAAUAAGCCCUGA